GGCUCCAGGCACCUGAUCGCUGAUCGGCUUCUGUGCCGCUUCUCUCUCUGGGGGGGCGCACUCGCACCCCCGCCCCACAGCCUGUGUCUGAACUUCAAGGCUCGAGUCUCUAGGUACCUUAGGUAUCGCCCAUCGCCGCCAUCCCCAGGGCGUCUUGUCGUUCGAUCAUGACCCCAGUUCGUUAAGGUAUUGUCCAAGUCCGGGGUUCUAGCCGGAGAUGCACUCGACGUAGCAACACAUAGACUAAGGCAGCUGGCACAUUUCUCACUUGAAACAAUUGUCAGGAGUGACAACUUAUAAUAGCUCUCCUCCGCUCUGUUCUUCCCCCAACGGUUUUCCCGUUUCCUCCUCCCAUCAAUAGACUAGUUCAAGUACGGAUUACUAUUACCGAGUUACAUCUAACUUGCCUUACCUCACCUUACCUUACCUUGCCUCACCUGCCACCCUUGCCGAGACCUAAACAGACGCAAACCUUCAUACAACCUUCUCCUCCUCUUCCUCCUUCACAAUGAUGCGUGUUCCUCGACAAUCCUUUUCCACUGCCGCCCGUAUCCAUCCCAACAUUGUUCCCCACCUUCGUCCCCAGAAGAGAAUGUCCUUUGGAAAGCUGGUCAAGCCCGUCGCGGCUGUUGUGGCUAUUGGUUACGGAGCAAAGCUAUCACUCGAAAUGGCCCAAAGACGACGUAUCGCUCAGAUGGAAGCCAUGGAGCGCGAGAAUGCCGCAUACCGGGAGCGAAAUGAGGCUCUCAUGAAUAUGUACGGUGAUCGAUCAAGUCUCGACGAACUCGAAAAGGCCGUUCAAUAUUACGAGAAACGAUAAAUGAAUCCAUCCAAGGACGAAACAAAGAAAAUCAGAAAAAACAAAACACCAAAGUCGGGCUUUACAACACCCUUCUCUCAUUUUAUUUGCUUGAAGCGACGGCGAUACCUCCCCCGGAGAUGUGUCGGAGUUUACUGGUAUGGCUUUCACGACCACCUAAAGCCUUGAAAUACUGCAUUGGAACGGCGUUUAAAGGAAUACCAUCUUGCUUGGGAUUAUUGUUUGAAAGGACAAUUCACCUGGUUGGCUUUCAGGGUCCAACAUUUAUCUCAUCAACACUAGACUGUUCGUCUACAGAUUUAUCUCACACGACCUAGGGACAGAUUUGCUGUAUGAAAGAUUACACUACACUGCAAUACACUACUUGGGUAUAGGAAUAUCCCAUUUUACAGGUCACAAUCAUUCUCUCAUUUACACACCAUGUCUUGUUCUUGUGUUCUUCCUCGAUUACCUGUUUUGUGUGUCGUCGCCCAGUCGCACAUGCUCACGCCUUGAAUUUUCACAUUCAACUCAACCCAAAACGUCAUGAGCCUCGCUGGAUCACAGGCCGAGGUUUCCCGGCGGCUAAUGAGCCCCGACCGAUCCCUCAACCAUCAGCACCCCCGAAGGCCCCACUCCCGACGACUUAGCCGGUCCCUGGCCCGAAGAACCCCUAUCAGCUCAGAGGAACACUUCCGAGGACAUUGUCUCUGACGUUGCCCAUGCGCGGUGAUUGAUGUCCAUUACGUCCUCGUUCAUCCCGGUGGUAAUCUUCCGCGAUUUCAUGCGACGACGAUACGAGAAGACUUUUUCGUCUGGGCCAGGUUGUUGAGUUUUAAGCCGAGAAAUACCUCAGUUCAAUGAGUAAGGGAAUUGAUUUGUUGCCGCGGAGGUGGUUGGAUAAAUCUGAUAAGAGAGAGUGUCGGAGAUGGGCCUGAAUAUCUAGGAAAUAAACAAACAAUAGCCAAGCAAUAAACAACAUGUCAACUGAAAAUCAGCCAGAUAGCAAACUAGUUAAAUGUGAAGUUUGAGUUUCAAAAUAAGGCACGCCAAUCAUAUCCCUU